CCCCGCCUCCGGGCCGGCUGAGGGUCCCCGUGGCGCCGCGUCGCCCCCUGCGCGGUCUCCUCGCCCCCCCGUGGCGGGCGCCCUUCUCGCUCCCGGCACUCUCCCCAGCUCCAUGAAUGGAAAUCGGCUCCGCAGGACCCGUUGGGGCCCAGCCCCUACUCAUGGUGCCCAGAAGACCUGGCUAUGGCACCAUGGGCAAACCCAUUAAAUUGCUGGCUAACUGUUUUCAAGUUGAAAUCCCAAAGAUUGAUGUCUACCUCUAUGAGGUAGAUAUUAAACCAGACAAGUGUCCUCGGAGAGUGAACAGGGAAGUGGUUGACUCAAUGGUUCAGCAUUUUAAAGUUACUAUAUUUGGGGAUCGUAGACCAGUUUAUGAUGGAAAAAGAAGCCUUUAUACAGCCAAUCCACUUCCUGUGGCAUCUACUGGGGUAGAUUUAGAUGUUACUUUACCAGGGGAAGGUGGAAAAGAUAGACCUUUCAAGGUGUCAAUCAAAUUUGUCUCUCGGGUGAGUUGGCAUCUGCUACAUGAAGUACUGACAGGACGGACCUUGCCUGAACCACUGGAAUUAGACAAGCCAAUCAGCACUAAUCCUGUCCAUGCUGUCGAUGUGGUGCUACGACAUCUGCCCUCCAUGAAAUAUACCCCUGUGGGGCGUUCCUUUUUCUCAGCUCCUGAAGGAUAUGACCACCCUCUUGGAGGGGGCAGGGAAGUAUGGUUUGGAUUUCAUCAAUCUGUUCGGCCUGCCAUGUGGAAAAUGAUGCUCAAUAUUGAUGUUUCUGCCACUGCCUUCUACAAAGCACAACCUGUAAUUCAGUUCAUGUGUGAAGUUCUUGAUAUUCAUAAUAUUGAUGAACAACCAAGACCUCUGACUGAUUCUCAUCGGGUAAAAUUCACCAAAGAGAUUAAAGGUCUGAAGGUUGAAGUAACUCAUUGUGGAACAAUGAGACGGAAAUACCGUGUUUGUAAUGUAACAAGAAGGCCUGCCAGUCAUCAAACCUUUCCUUUACAGUUAGAAAACGGCCAAACAGUGGAAAGAACAGUAGCACAGUAUUUCAGAGAAAAAUACACUCUUCAGUUGAAGUACCCACACCUUCCCUGUCUGCAAGUGGGACAGGAGCAGAAACAUACAUACCUGCCGCUAGAAGUCUGUAAUAUUGUGGCAGGACAGCGAUGUAUUAAGAAGCUAACGGACAAUCAGACUUCCACAAUGAUCAAAGCCACAGCAAGAUCUGCACCCGAUAGACAAGAAGAGAUUAGCAGAUUGGUAAGAAGCGCAAAUUAUGAAACAGAUCCAUUUGUUCAGGAGUUUCAGUUCAAGGUUCGGGAUGAGAUGGCCCAUGUAACAGGACGUGUACUUCCAGCACCGAUGCUUCAGUAUGGAGGACGGAAUCGGACAGUAGCAACACCAAGCCACGGAGUCUGGGACAUGCGAGGGAAACAGUUCCACACAGGAGUUGAAAUUAAAAUGUGGGCAAUAGCUUGUUUUGCCACACAGAGGCAGUGCAGAGAAGAAAUAUUGAAGGGUUUCACAGACCAGCUGCGUAAGAUUUCUAAAGAUGCAGGCAUGCCCAUCCAGGGCCAACCUUGCUUCUGCAAGUACGCACAAGGUGCAGACAGCGUGGAGCCCAUGUUCCGGCAUCUCAAAAACACUUACUCUGGGCUGCAGCUCAUCAUUGUCAUCCUGCCAGGAAAGACACCAGUGUAUGCGGAAGUGAAACGUGUAGGAGACACACUUUUGGGGAUGGCGACCCAGUGUGUCCAAGUCAAGAAUGUAAUAAAAACUUCUCCUCAGACUCUCUCAAACCUGUGCCUAAAGAUAAAUGUUAAACUUGGAGGGAUUAAUAAUAUUCUUGUACCUCAUCAAAGACCUUCUGUGUUCCAGCAACCAGUGAUAUUUUUAGGAGCAGAUGUCACUCAUCCACCCGCUGGUGAUGGGAAGAAGCCUUCCAUUGCUGCUGUUGUAGGUAGUAUGGAUGCCCACCCCAGCAGAUACUGUGCCACCGUCAGAGUUCAGAGACCCCGACAGGAGAUCAUCCAGGAUCUGGCUUCCAUGGUCCGAGAGCUGCUCAUUCAGUUUUAUAAGUCAACUCGCUUCAAACCUACGCGCAUCAUCUUCUAUAGGGAUGGUGUGUCAGAGGGACAAUUCAGGCAGGUUUUAUAUUAUGAACUACUAGCAAUUCGAGAAGCCUGCAUCAGUUUGGAGAAAGACUAUCAACCUGGAAUAACCUACAUUGUAGUUCAGAAGAGGCAUCACACUCGAUUAUUUUGUGCCGAUAGGACAGAAAGGGUCGGAAGAAGUGGGAAUAUCCCGGCUGGAACCACAGUUGAUACAGAUAUCACUCACCCAUAUGAGUUUGACUUUUACCUCUGUAGCCAUGCCGGAAUACAGGGUACCAGUCGCCCUUCACACUAUCACGUUUUAUGGGAUGAUAACUGCUUUACUGCAGAUGAACUUCAGCUGCUCACUUACCAGCUCUGCCACACCUACGUGCGCUGUACACGAUCUGUUUCUAUACCUGCACCAGCUUAUUAUGCUCACCUGGUGGCAUUCAGAGCCAGAUAUCAUCUUGUGGACAAAGAACAUGACAGUGCUGAAGGAAGUCACGUUUCAGGACAGAGCAAUGGUCGAGAUCCACAAGCUCUUGCCAAGGCUGUACAGAUUCACCAAGAUACCUUACGCACAAUGUACUUUGCUUAAAAAGUCCAAGAAUUUGCUUUGAGCAGAAGAACUGAAGAUGCAUCAAUGUGCAACGUUCACCGUGUGUUUCCCAUGGAAUCAGUUUGGGGGGGUAGGGGCGAUGCCUCCAGCCAUCCGGAAGCCAACACUGUGCGGGGGUCGGGUCUGAUCUUUGUGCCGAUAGAAGUACGAUUGUUUACUUCAUCAAGGAAAACAGCACCAUUAUGCAAUAUGAAACCAGCCAACUGCUUUUUUGUGCAGUCUCCUGUAGGAAAUACUGCGAUUGUUCUGUUUUCGUUUUCUUAUAGUCUAAUCCUUUCAAUGCCUUUACCUCAAGUUGCUUGGCAGCACAACUAUCUUUGCAAAAAAAAAACAAAAACAAAACAAAAAAAAGUUGAUGGUUUAAAAAAAAACCCACCUACAGUGAAUAAUCAAAGUGAUUUUUCACAGCUCUGUGUGCAAAAAAAUUAAUGUGGAUUCAUGUCUUGUCAAAAGUAUAUUUUAAAUAUAUACAUACUUUAUAUGCAUAUAUAUCUGCUUCUACGUUGAUAAUAGAUAUAUAUGUAUCAGUGUAUAUAUUUCAUGUGCAUUCCAAUGGGGGAACUUUAGUCCCUAUCCCUGUACCCUCACCACCGCUUUCCUUUCUCUCUCUCUACCUCCCUGGCCAACAUUACCUACAUUUACCCCCCCAAGUGACAUUUCAGUGUUCAUGUAUGUGGUUCAUUUGUAUAUGAAGCAUGGAAAAUUUUAUUUUUAUUUUUCACAGCCUACUCUUGUCUCUUCUCUCAUAGACAAUUCUGAGUCCCAAAAUCUUGAUAAUGUUUUCUUAAGAAACAGAAUUAUCUUCUAUAGAUGUUUUCGUGAGAAUGUGUCUGCCCCACCUGCUUUGAAGUUACAUUCGCCCCGUGUACGGUGUGUACAGAAAUAGCAGUGACCUGUUGUUUUCCUUUAUUCUUUUAUUCAGUUAAAGCUGCUAUAAAUAUAAAACCUUGUCAGUAGUGGUAAUACUUUCUCUCUACAAGUAUUAUGUACACAAAAGCUUUCUGUUUCUGUUGUUUCUACAUGGAAAUCCCUUAAAGCUUUUUUAUAAACAGCAAAUAUUUUAAAUGAACAGUCAGGCAGCCUCUCAAAUUGGGUAGAAAGAGAGAAGGGGUUGUUUGAGGGGUCCUGUCAUUUUUUUUUCUUUCCUAGUUUACUUGCUGCCUCUCAUACCUUAAUGUGAUUUUCAUAUAUAUAUUUUUAUAUAUAUGUGUAUAUAUAUAUAAACAUAUAUGUAUGUUUUGAAGUUUAGCUUUCUUUUCUAUAUAUUAGAAUAGUGCUUUAAUAAUUAUAGGAUUGUAUUGCAACAUUUUUAUAGAGAUAUAAUCAUGUUUAUUUUAAGAACUGACAGUUGUUUUUGCUAUCUUUUGGUGCAAUAAGCAGUUUUAAAGGAAAGUGGUGUCUCUAUGACAUCUUUGCCACAGAUAGUGGGAGAAGCGGGCACCUUUAUAAUUUUAAUUUUAAAAGGGCAAAGUAAUACAGCCUUAAUUUCAGAAGGAAAGUUUUGUAAUUUUCAAAUUUAAUGCAUGCCUUUUAAAAAUUAUAAUGAAAAUGAAGGAAGUUGAAUUUCCUAAAUGAGUCUGACUUGGAAUAUUAGAAAUAAAGUUGAACUUUGACAGUGAACAGCUUAAGAUUAAGAGGACAUUUAAAUUAUUUGGAAAGAGAUCAUUUUUUAUUGAAGGCUGAUAGUGGCUAAGUACCCAUUUUUGUGUAUUGAAAUAAAUCGGAAAGAUAUAAAAAUGAUUCUAUUUUUUGGUUUAGGGGCCUCACCCAGAGGUGUUCAGGGGCUAUUUCCAGUGCUCCCAGUUCAGGGCUACUGGCAGUGCUUGGGGUACCCUGUGGUACUAGAGAUAGAACUGGGGAUUUCUGCAUGCUCUACAUAUGCACUAACCUUUUGAGAUUUAUCCCUGGCCCUUAAAAUGAUAUUUUUAAAAACAGUUUUUUCAGUUAUCACCUGCGUGACUUUGCUUUUAAAAUUAGGGUGAUGAUGGCAAAAGAAGUUAGAAUGUCAGUAACUUUGAGUUAAGUCACAGAAAUGUAGAAGAUAAGUUUUGCAAAACUUUUGAUCAGUUUUACUGAUACUAAAAAGUACUAUAAAGCUGUCAAAACCAACUUCAUUGGUAACAUUGGAUUUAGGAGAGCUUUGCACUUUGUAACUCAUAAAAACUGCAUUAAAUUUUUCUUUUUUGCACUAGUUCAAAGCAUAGAUAUUAUAGAUUGUUUCCAGUGGGCAUUGUUGCUGACUUUUCAGAAUAUAUCUGCAUGUGAAAAGGAAUGGUGAUUUUUUUAGUUUCUAUUAUCUGUAAUCCACUCAUUGCCAAUUUACUGUAUUUUGAGCCUAAAAUCUGAGCCCCUGUCCUCCAACAGGUAUGAAAUCUUUGUCCCUCUGCCAUAAAAAUGAGAAAGUACUGUAUUUUGUAUGUUUAUUAUAUAGAAGUGUCUGAAAUGCGGUUGACAACACUAUUCCAGAGCUCUUUACAUGCGAUGAUACUUGUGUAGU